UGGCAGAGAAGGCACAGAUACAAGAAGCGAUUAAAGUCCAAGGUGAAGUUGUGCGGAAGCUGAAGUCAGAGAAGGCUAGCAAAGAGCAGUGAUAGGGUUGCUUACCACUUUUCUCCUGUUCUUCCUGCUAACCCCGGAUGACCUCGGCCUGCCCCCCCCCCCCCUUCAUCACCAUCAUCUACCUCACUGCUGAACCCAACCCCCCUGGACAUCACUGAUCAACUCACUUCCUGGAUCUACCUCUACCGACCGUUGUGAUUGGCUGCUGUGGCUGCUCCUGUACGACACCACUGAACACUGCUGUUCCCAUGAUGCACUCCUGAACUUUUGCCUGUCCAAUUAUUGGACUUAUUUUUUUCCGGCCAUGUUGUGUGUUCGUGCUUGCUCGGGUCUGAUUCGGACUGCGAUGCGUGUCCGAACUCUGCAUUCUUUCCCUGGGAUCACUGUGGCUCAGAUCGAUGAAGAGGUUUCCAAACUGCUGCAGCUGAAGGCUCAAAUCGGAGGAGAUGAUGGAAAACACCAGUUUGUUCUCAAGACGGCAAAGGGAACGAGGGACUACAACCCCAAGCAGAUGGCCAUCAGAGAAAAAGUGUUCAACACCAUCCUCGGCUGCUUCAAACGCCACGGUGCAGAGACCAUCGACACGCCUGUUUUUGAACUAAAGGAAACGUUGACAGGAAAGUAUGGAGAAGACUCAAAGCUCAUCUAUGACCUGAAGGACCAAGGAGGAGAGCUGCUGUCCCUCAGAUAUGAUCUCACUGUGCCCUUCGCUCGCUACCUGGCCAUGAACAAGAUAACAAACAUCAAGCGUUACCACAUCGCUAAAGUGUAUCGCCGUGACAACCCCGCCAUGACUCGGGGACGUUACCGAGAGUUCUACCAGUGUGAUUUUGACAUCGCAGGGCAGUAUGACGCCAUGAUUCCAGACGCUGAGUGUCUGAAGAUCGUCUACGAGAUCCUCAGUGAGCUGGACAUCGGAGACUUCCGGAUCAAGGUGAACGACAGACGCAUCCUGGACGGGAUGUUCGCUGUGUGUGGUGUUCCAGACGACAAGUUCCGCACCAUCUGUUCAACAGUGGAUAAACUGGACAAGAUGCCGUGGGAGGAAGUGAGGAAGGAGAUGGUGAGUGAGAAGGGUCUCUCAGAGGAGGCUGCGGACCAGAUCGGGGAGUACGUCAGUUUACAGGGUGAGACUCCCAACUCACAGACAUCAGUGAUAUGUUGUCAGUAAAGUAUUCACUCCAAA